UGGGUAGGUCUAUUUAUAUUAAGCCAUGUAGAACUAUAAUCGUCGAAAUCCGUGCAACCCCAAUCUAACCCACUCUUCGAAGAAAAGGUUUGUGCCCCCUUGAGAGGUGGCUUCUGCUGGGUCCCGUCGGCGCGUUUGGAGUUACAUUCUGGGUGUCGACGUUGGAAGAAUGGUUUGGUGACGGGAUGUUAGCGCAUAGGAAGAUGAGAGGGUUGAGAGGCUUAGUUUCUUUGGUGAAGGAGCCUACUAUUGGAAACGGGGCACCAUGAGAGUUUUUCUGACUGCGGCUUACGGAACAGAAGGAUUUGCGAGUUGAGCAGCGGUUGCGGAACUCUGCGAAUCUGGAAUUGGUCGAUGCCGCAAAGCUCGGAGGUCGACACGACUUCGCUGGUUGUGGAAUUUGAGUGACCGUGUUGGGUUAGAAUGUGGGUGCAAUGCUUCGAGCCUCGGAUGGUUUCGUUCCGGACGAGGCUCCCAUGUGUUGAUAAUAGGGUUAGAUGCUAAAACUCGAAGGUAGGAUUCGAGCUAAAACUUGUGGUCGUGUUUGGUUUUCCUAUUCUGGUUUAGCGAUUAUUGGAUUCGGGAUUGAGAAACAAAAGAAUAAUAUUAAAAAGAUAAAAGAAACGGAUUCUUUGGAACAGGUGUUGUAGCCGGGUUUAGUAUUUGGUCCUGUGUGUUUAGAGCUUAGUCCUGGCCAUUAUGGUUAGAGAAGUGCAGCAGCAGCGCCGCCAAGAGCCGCUGAUAUUGAUGCUUGCAGAUGAAAAUCUUCAAGACGUGCUAGCCCGGCUUUUAGAUAUAGCAGAUCGCCAGUCAUGGUGCUUGGUGUGCAAAAAGUUUUUCUCACUGGAAGCCGCGGGUAGGAAUUACGUACAUUUGAUGCGCCCUGAGAUUUUAGAACCCAUACUGAGUCGCUACCGCCAAGUGGAGCAUCUGGAUUUGUCCUCGUGCGUCGAGGUUACUGAUCAGUGCCUAGCAACCGUCGCCAAGUUCACGAACUCGCGACUUCUCUCCAUCAAGCUCAUCAGGACGAAGGGAUUCGGGAUUGCUGGAGUCAAGAGUCUCGUGGAGUGCAGUUCUCUGCAGGACGUGGACGUGACGCAUUGUACACAAAUUGGGGAUGCGGAGGUUAUCGUCCUUAGUAAGCUUAAGCACUUGCAGAAGCUAAAGCUGAACUCGUGCCGGGACGUUACAGAUGUAGGUUUGUCUGCGUUGCGUCGUUGCACAGAGCUUCGAAUCUUGGGGUUGAAGUAUUGCUCGGGAAUUGGAGAUAGUGGCAUCCAGAAUGUUGCAACCGGUUGCCCGCAGCUUCGCAACAUUGACCUGUCAUUCACUGAGGUUUCGGAUAAAGGAGUAUCGUCACUUGCUCUUCUGAAGAAUCUAGAGUGUCUUUCGAUUAUAUCAUGUAUCAACGUCACCGACAAGGGCCUUAGUUGUCUCAGAAGCGGAUGCAUGUCAUUACAGAAACUGGACGUGGCGAAGUGCUCAAACGUGAGUAGCCGGGGAAUUCUCGCUUUGACGGGUAUCUCGCUGGGGCUUCAAGAGCUUAAUCUAUCCUACUGCAAGAAGAUAAGCGACGUGCUCUUCGCUAGCUUCCAGAAGCUGAAGACUCUACAGGUGGUCAAGCUAAAUGGCUGUGCGAUUGGGAGGGUCAAUUUGAGUCUGAUCGGGUGCAAAGAGUUGAAGGAGUUAAGUUUGAGCAAGUGCCAGGGUGUGACUGACGCCAGUGUUGUGGGUGUGGUGACCGCUUGCACUGGCCUGCAAAAGCUAGACCUUACCUGUUGCCGCGAUAUCACGGAUGUAGCUUUGGAGGCUAUUGCAGCGAAUUGCAAGGGCCUGUUGAGUCUACGAAUGGAAAAUUGUCCGUCAGUCACAUCCGAGGGGCUAACUUUGAUAGGGAGAAAUUUUGCUCACCUGGAGGAGCUAGAUCUUACAGACAGCAAUUUGAAUGAUAAUGGAUUGAAGUCGAUUUCUAGAUGCACUGAGAUGAGGCUCUUGAAGCUGGGUUACUGCAUGGACAUCACAAAUGCUGGGCUUGCGAGUAUUAGUUCCACUUGCAAAAACUUGCGGGAAUUUGAUUGUUACAGGUCAGUUGGGAUCAGUGAUGAUGGUGUGGCAGCAAUUGCCCGCGGUUGCGAUCGUUUGAAAGUGGUGAAUCUAUCUUACUGUGCGUCUAUCACAGAUGCAAGCUUGCAUUCCCUUGCCCUCUUGAGAGACCUUGUGCAGCUAGAAUUACGCGCUUGCAGCCAAAUAACCUCGGUAGGAAUCUCCUACAUUGGUGCAUCCUGCAAGCACUUGCGUGAGUUGGACAUCAAACGCUGCAGGUUUGUGGGAGAUCCCGGGGUGUUGGCUCUUUCCCGGGGAUGUCGAAACCUGCGACAGAUCAACCUCUCAUACACUGCCUUGACAGAUCUGGGGAUGACGGCAGUUGCAAACAUGUCAUGUAUCCAGGAUAUGAAGCUUGUUCACAUGAAGAACGUUACGAGUGAUAGCUUUGCUAGAACUCUUCUGGCAUGCGGCAGCUUGAAGAAAGUAAAGCUUCUCAUAGGUUUGCAUACGACUCUAGCUCCGGGGGUGAUCAGUCAACUUGAGAAUCGUGGAACCAGAUUGCGCUGGAUGGAGAAGUCUGCUUAAGAAGCAGGGGAGGACCAGAAAAAAUGCUCUCUACAAUUGUGAGUUUCCAGAGCACGCUACUCUGAGUUUACUAGCUGAGUGCUUCAAGGCCUGAGUGGCAGUAGGAGUGACUCUAUUCGAGAGGGCUCUUAGCGUGGAUCUAAGAUCGGAUGAGACUUCAACAAAGGAUGCUGUCAACGAAAUGUGAACCAUUCUCUCUUCUUAUUAAUUGUGGUGAAUUUCCACCACACCAACGUGACUGCAACCAAUGAACUCCUUCAACAAUCCUUACCACCAUGGGAAUCCGUGAACGUAUCAAUCAGAAGCAGCACUGAAAACAACUAUUUUCCGCGCCGGGGAGGCGUACACGAAUCCGAUAAGUGGUUUGGGUUUUUGGGGGUCGAUAGAAACACAAAUGGAAAUGUUAGCACAUUCUCAGUCACCCGUUUCUAAGCGCAAGGGGAGUGGAUUGUCAGCGAAGUCCUAACUCUGGAACAUAACGUGCAGGCAGAAUUAAACUCAAAGUUCUCUCUCAGACUACUUAGCCUUCAGCUCAGGUUUUCAUCUGUAGGUUUGGAACUCACGUUCAUGUAUUGUUAUACGGAGAUGUAUGAUUUCUUCAUUUUGAUUCAAGCACGAUUCUCACACUUA